GUGCGCUGUUCUCUGCCGGGGUCGGCAGAUCGCGCGACUCAGGAAACAACAAUGGUGAAUCUACGUAUAAAAUCCCUUGAAGUCUUGCGGCACCUCCCCCGUGUCGCCCUCAACAAUCUUAAAGAUGUCCCGCACUCGAGCUGGAGGAAAGCGAAAAGGAUUCUGGGUUCCAGACGUGAAGUCAAUUGGCCACAGAAAGGACAAAAGCAGCGUCAGCAGUAUGCGCGACUCGGAUUCGCCGGUGGGAGCAAUCGGUUCUAUCUAGAAGUUCCCAAGGAACCCUACAACGAGGGUCACCAACUCCGGCGGCAUUAUCCCCCGCUGUCUUUGGGAACUCUGCAGCUGAUGAUCGACACGGGUCGCAUUGACGUGAGUAAACCGAUCGAUCUCGGUACAAUCUGCAAUACCUGCCUCUUCAACUGUGAGCCGAAGGAUCGGCAUUUCGGCGUGCACUUGACAGCUGAAGGUAUAGACAAGUUCCGAGCGAAAUUGAACAUUGAGGUUCAGUACGCCAAGGAGCCUGUUAUCGCCGCGAUCGAACGUCUCGGUGGAGUCAUAACCACUGCCUUCUACAACAUCUUGUGCGUCGAGGCUAAAGUGGAUGCCGAAAAGUUCCUCAAAAGGGGCUUGCCGAUCCCUCGAAGAGAAUUACCUCCCGAAGACGCCUUCGAGUACUACAGUGACGCCAAGAACAGAGGCUAUUUAGCUGAUCCGAAAAUCAUCGCCGAAGAGAGGCUGAAACUUUCCCAAAAAUACGGAUACGAGCUCCCAGACAUCUCGAAGGAUCCGGAUUUCGCUAUGCUGACGUACCGUAAAGAUCCCCGGCAAGUCUUUGAUGGUCUCAGGCCAGGUUGGCUAGUGAACCUCAGAGACAAAAUUGUUCUCAGACCCACUGACCCCGAAUAUAUAAAAUACUAUGAAUCUUGAGUGUGAAUCGGACUUGAGAUCAAUAAAUAGUUCUUGACGUUGUCGAUACU